AUGUUAUCCUUACUCUCUUUGGGUCUCCUUGCUCUUCCUGUCACGCACGCAACUAGCUUUCCUUUCCAUGCUCGAGAUACUUCUGCUACCAAUGCUACCAACGUCACUGUCGAUAUGGUCUCCUCUGCUUGGUAUGCUGGUUGGCACGCAGACAACUUCACCCUGAACAACGUGAGCUGGGACAAAUACACACAUUUGAUUUAUUCGUUCGCUACAACCCUGCCCACAGUCAGCAAUAUAACCUUGAAUGGGUCAGAUGCUAUACUUCUCCCUCGGUUUGUCCAGAUGGCGCAGGAGAACGACGUCGUCCCGAUGGUUUCCAUCGGCGGCUGGGGUGGUUCCCAAUUCUUCUCGUCCAACGUUGGCUCUGAGGAGAACCGCACUGCCUUCGUCAAGACCGUCACUGAAUUCGCCCAGAAUUACAACUUGAGUGGCUUGGACUUUGACUGGGAGUAUCCCGGUGUCCAGGGUAUUGGUUGCAACGUGGUUUCCGUCAACGACACUAGCAACUUCCUCGCCUUCCUGCAAGCCCUCCGUGCUGAUCCUAUUGGUGCAAACCUGACACUAACAGCCUCUGCUCCUAUAACUCCCUGGAAGGGCGCCAACGGCAGCUCACUAACGAAUAUCAGCGGCUUCGCUGAUACUCUUGACUGGGUCAAUCUCAUGAACUACGACAUCUGGGGUUCAUGGGAUAAGACCGUUGGGCCUAACUCGCCGCUGAACGACACGUGCGCGCCUGCUGUGGACCAGCAGGGCAGCGCUGUCAGUGCCGUUGCUGCAUGGACCGCGGCAGGCAUGCCCACGUACCAGAUCGUGCUCGGCGUGGCAUCCUACGGGCACUCGUUCCUCGUUGCUGCAGCGGACGCUGUUAUAUCCGACAAUGUGCUCGCGUCAUACCCCGUAUUCAAUCAGGGCGAACAGCCCCUCGGUGAUGCUUGGGACAACUUAACAAACAUUGACGCAUGCGGCGUGAAUACGGGCCCGUCAGGCGUGUUUGAUUUCUGGGGGAUGAUCGACGGGGGCUAUCUCUUCCCGAAUGGCACCGUCGCGGCGGGCGUUGACUACCGCUAUGAUGAAUGCAGCCAGACGCCAUACGUCUACAAUUGUCGCACAGACGUCAUGAUCUCAUACGAUAAUGCCGAAUCAUUCGCUGCGAAGGGCAAGUACAUUGCCUCUACGAAUCUGCGUGGUUUUGCUAUGUGGGAGGCCGGGGGUGACUACAACGACAUUUUGCUAGACUCGAUCCGUUCUGCAGCUGGAUUUGAGGACGAUUGCUAG